AUAAUAAUGCCACUUCCCUAACGGGGACAUUUUAUUCAACUCUGCAGAGCUCCGUGCUUUAAGCAGUAUUAGUAUCAGUAUUUGUCAAGUUGAGCAAAAAUGGCUGCGUGGUAAACAUUUAGGUGAUGAUGUAAUAUUAGCUUUGCAUUAAGUUAAGCUUUCAAGUUUGCACACAAACGUGCUCUAAAACAGAGUGAAACAGACAGAAUUUGGAAUGAACAAAUAGGAGUCCCGCUCCCGUUUGACUUUAAUGCGCAAAUGUGGAUGCAUUGAACAAGCUGCUCAGUCUCUGUAAUGCCCACAAAAGCCUAAAAUGAUUCAUCUUAUGAUAAUAAUCUUUGCGCACUCCUAUUGCCAGACGUUAUUGCCGUGAGUUGGAGCCGCAGACUUUCCAGCUGCAUAACCGUAUGGCUUUGAAUUAAAAAAAAAAAAAAAAAGAACUGAAGGAACUCAUCAAUAUGCCGUUGCACGCGUGCACAGAAGCGUGUUGUGAAAAUGUCAAGUUACUUACUCGAGUGAAAUAUGUAGCAUGUUCACGCAUCCGUGCCGGCCGAUUUGUUUGCACUUGUCACGGUGGAGUGAACAUCAAAAGAUGUCGGUUUGUUUUUUCCGUCACUCACAUUUUGCGUCUGAGUUCUCCCGUUGAGACUCCCAACUCCAUUCUCGGUGGUGUUCACAUCAGAAAGACAAAGUCGGCGUUAGAACGCUUUCGGGGGGGACUCCGUUAGAGCUCGCUAAUGGCUCGAUGGCCACGCGUUGAAAUGUAGAUUUGGAAAUAAAAAAGGAUUCGUCGAGCCCGAGGAUGCUUUAGUGUUACAGUGAGCUGAUGAGCGAUCCUGAGCUCUGACGUGAAAGAUUUGUUGCAACUUAGGGAUUCGACAGUGCUUAGGCUUUCAAGUUAAGACUUUCGAGUCUAGAUUUGGGUUUCAAAUGGGAGAUUCAAUCGAAGGUUAGGGAAAUGUUCCGAUUUAGACAGGAUUAGGAUUUUAAGUCAUGGUUAUGGUUUCAUACAAAUGCUCGGGUUCCAAGACAGGAUUAGCGUUUGAAGAUAGUUUGCAGCCAGGGAAGGAGUUUCACGCAAAUGUUAUGUUUCGUCAAAACAGGAUGACGGGAUUCAGAUUCAGGUUUAAAGCCUGGGUUAGGGUUUGAAAUUCGAUUUUCAACUCAGGGUUAGCGUAGCUACUGACAUGGUCACUGGACUUUGUGAGCAUUUCAAAGCAUCCAGAAGGUUCAUCGUGGGACACUCCCAACUUAUUAUUGCUAUCCUGGAAGCUGACAACAAUCUGAGUUACUUCCUUUCACGCAGACUGUUAUCUCUCAUGGAUUCGUUGUAAAGCAAUAAGACGACGACUCAGUGAAUGCAGCGAUAAGCGCUUUACUUUAUUGCUAGGCAGGUUAUCUAUUGCAAUACACUGAGAGGAAAAUAGACGAAUAGGAAACCAUUGAUGUAAAAGCAGCACCAGUAGUACAAAGUGACAAAAAAGUGGCAAAAGUGGAACCUGUAUCCCAAAUUACUGGACUCCAAGGUAUCCGUUCCCAGGACCAAGUUAACAAAGGGUACCAUUAUGUUCCAAAAGGGAGUCAAGGGUACAAAAGAGAUGUUUUUAAAUCACCUGAACAGCCAGGAAGAUGGACAGGUACCAGGGCGGGGUCUCUGCCACACUGCGCGCGAGUUUGUUAUGGUCCACUUCACCGCCGCUGUUACCGUUGAAAGGAUUAAGUGGCUCUCCCACGGCCUGUACUCUGUCCUCAUCCAUCUGAAUGUGCGCGCAAACACACGCAAAGAGCACCCUGACAGACAAAUAGACCUCCACCCAUGCUCAAUACCUGAAAGAUGUUGAUGCUACAACUCUUAUUACAUGGAGGGUUGCUGAGCUGAAGCAGCGCCAGCAAGGAGAGAAUGUGUGAUGUGGCGAAAAGUCCAGAUGAAUUAUUGACGAGGAGGCUAACGCUUGGUUUACGAUCAACGGACACUUCAUUAGGUCUAAUGAGUCAUGACAUGAGCAUCCCCUCCCACGCGCCUUGACUCCCUCACUCCUUCCUCCCCCACUCCGAGCACCUUUAUAUUGAAGGCUCUGCUCCUCCUCCUGCUAGAGCAGCUCUCCCGCCGCAUUGGGAGGCUCACCGGAGUCCGGAAGAAAGAUGACGACUUGUCCUCUUUUCCUGUUACUUGUGUUGGCGUUACUCACAGGGAAUCGAGCGUUUCCAGUGGGGAAGGAUGGCCAAAGAGAAGAUGCGGUGACAAGAUGUUUGGUGGAGGUUCUGUCCAAAGCUCUCUCCCAACCGGACACCCAACUGGACGAAGAGUGUAAGGAGAUCCUCCAAGCAGGACUUAAACAGCCUCCGCCGGAGAAGAAGAGCAACGAGGUCAGCUAUGAAGAGCCGGUCAAAGAUCAUGAACAAGGGGCCGAAGCCAAGGGCUUGAAUGCACAAGACAUCCAAGAACUCCUGAAGUCUGUGGAGCCCAAGCAGGAGACCUCAAAGGACGAACACAAUCAGGAAUCAUGGAGUCUGGAGAAGAGACACCAGGAAGACAACGGCGAGGAAGAGGAGGAGCAGGAACGGGAGAAGAGAAGCAGCUGGCGGCCUGGAAGAUUCCACCAGAAGCAGCAUAAACGUGACGAGGAGUCUUUGGGAGGAGAGUCCAAAGAGGAGGAGGAGGGGGACGAAGAACGCAGUCAGGAGUCCUGGGAUUUUGGCCGAAGGAGCGACGACGACGACCAAGAGGAGCCCGACAAGCACAUUUGGAAGCCCUCCCAUCGAUACCACCACAAAAAGAAGUUCCACAAGCGUGGAGACGAGGAAGAGGACUACGAACGCAGUCAGGAGUCAUGGGGGCUCGACGAUGAGAGGGACAAGAGAGAAUGGAGACCCGGGAGAUACCACCAGAGGGACGAAGAACUCUCAGAGGAGCCAGAUGUGGAACACAGUCAGGAGUCAUGGGGGCUCGACGAUGAGAGGGAUAAGAAAGACUGGAGGCCUGGGAGAUACCAUCAAAGAAGACACAAGCGUGAUGAGGAACUGUCAGAGGAACCCAGAGAGGAACCAGAUGAUGAACGUAGCCAGGAGUCGUGGGGUCUCGACGACGAGAAGGACAAGAGGAAAUGGAGGGCCGGGAGAUACCAUCAGAGGAGACACAAGAGGGACGAGGAACUCUCAGAGGACCCAGAUGAGGAACGUAGCCAGGAAUCUUGGGAUUUUGACACCGACCGAUACAAGAGGGACUGGAGACCGGGUAGAUACCACCAGAGGAGGCACAAGCGAGAUGAGGAACUCUCAGAGGAUCCUGAUGAGGAACGUAGCCAAGAAUCUUGGGAUUUUGAUACUGACAGGUACAAGAGAGACUGGAGACCGGGGAGAUACCACCAGAGGAGGCACAAGCGAGAUGAGGAACUCUCAGAGGAUCCUGAUGAGGAACGUAGCCAAGAAUCUUGGGAUUUUGAUACUGACAGAUACAAGAGAGACUGGAGACCGGGGAGAUACCACCAGAGGAGACACAAGCGAGAUGAGGAACUCUCAGAGGAUCCAGAUGAGGAACGUAGCCAGGAAUCUUGGGAUUUUGACACCGACAGAUACAAAAGGGAGUGGAGACUGGGAAGAUACCACCAGAGGAGACACAAGCGGGACGAGGAACUCCCAGAGGAAGCCAGAGAGGAACAAGAUGAGGAACGCAGCCAGGAAUCAUGGGACUUUGACACGGGGAGGGAAAAGAAGACCUGGAGGCCUGGGAGAUAUCACCAGCAGAAGCCCAAGUUUGACGAAGAACUCUCCGAGGAGAAGAGGGACGAAUCGGAUGGAGACCGCAGUCAGGAGUACUGGAGCUUCGACAAGAGACACAACGAAGAUGAUGACAUCGACUUUGGAAAGCGCAUUUGGAAACCGUCACAUCGGUACCGCCGCCAGAAAUAUCACAAGCCUGGAGGGGAGGAGUUGUCUGAAGAUGAAGACCUGAGGGAUAAUUCUGACAAUUUGGAGGGCAGAAGUGAAGCUCUGAGGUAUCUGGCUGACAAGCGAAACCCUUGGAUCUACAGAGGCUACUACCAUCCCGCCUGGUUCAAAAGGGAUCCAGAGGACCGUGCUACCCUAAAUAAGAUGGAUGAGGCGGCCAUGCUGCUGAGUCAAAAGAUCAACCAGUUCGCCCACCAGAAGGCAUCAAAGGGAGCCACGCACCCAAGGGCGCUCACUCCGCACGAGGAGAAAGCGCGGGAAAACCUGGCGGCAAUGGAUGUGGAGAUGAAGAACAUCGUUGCCAAGUUGCACGAUAAAGAAUGAGCUUCGCUUUCGACGUUUCAAUGGAAAACACACACACACACACAAAAAAGACAUCGUUUGUCACGUCUGCCAAGUUAAUGUGCGUAAAAAAACAACUUGAAAAUCCCAACUGUGGAGCCUUGCUUAAAAAAAAAAACAUUCAAUGAAAAUGUUAUUAUUGUAUUUGUGCUAUUUUGAUGUGACAUCCUGAACGUGAGCAUGGGAAUGUUUUUUUUUUUAAUGUUUAUACAUAGAAAUCCUCCAAUAUUGACUGAUGUCAUCGUCUUUAAAAGUGUUAGUGCUCAAUAAAAGUUAUUCUGGG